AUGCCGCCACGCCUGCGGCAGGCGGGCGGUCGGCGCUUGCUACGGACCGGACGCAGGGCCGGCGUAUUCGCCAUCGCGGCGACGGCGGCGCUUGCUGCCGCUGCGGGAUGGCGGAUGACUGAUCACGCGCCGCCCGACGCCGUACCACACGCUCCCCGCCCGCCGCCCUGCGUCGUUGCCGCGGCCACACCCUGCCGUCGCCGCGCUGCGUCUACCGCGAUUGCUGAGGCCCAGCCCUGCCGCCUCCGCCUGUCAUUAGUCGCGCCCCGCAGCGGCGGCGGCGGCCUCGACGAGUGCGGCGCGGGCGGCCAGUGGAUGACGCGCCGCAGCGGCGCCCCCUGGGUGACGACCACGGGUGGCGCCCCCUGGACAGCGACGGCGCCGUCGCCGCGGCCGGGCGAGUUCUUCUGGGCACCGGCACCUGCAUCAAACUGGCCGGCGAUGCAGAGCGACGGCGGCGCCCCCUGGGGGGCGGCGUCGCCGGGUGACGCAGCGACGCUCGCUUACUCCCGGCCGCCCGGCAGCCCGGGAGCCGCCAUCUCCGUCGCCCACGGCGCCCUCUACCCCGCGUACGCUCCCUCGCCGCAGACGCUGGCGCCACCUAGCUACCAGGCGGUGAUGUCGGCGGCGCCGUCCGCCCCCGACCUCGGCGGCGACGGGUGGGAGGCUGCGACGACGGAGAGGGGGAGGGAGGAGGAGGGCGGAGGGAGGGCGGGGGGAGGCACGCCCCCGCCCGCAUACGACAAGGUGUGCGGCAUCGACGCGAAGCGGUGA